AUGAUUCCAUCGAGCACAGAACGCCUUGUUGAAGAUAUUCUUGACAAGUCGGAAAGUUCAACAGAUGAUGAUCAAACGAUCGAACCAACAACCCAAUUCGUUUCCAAAGAUAAAAGAAAAGGCCAUUCGGGAGUCUUUAUUGAAAUUGGUGAACGUAUGAAAGCCUAUGAGAAGAAUCAAGGACCAACACUCGCACUCGACAAGCCAUUCAUGGCCCGUUUGGAUGGUCAUAAAUUCUCAACGUUUGCGAGUCCUUUCAGAAAACCCUAUGAUGAUUUAUUGCAUGCUGUCAUGAUUCAAACGGCAGCAGAUUUGUUGGAAGAGUUUACCGAAGCCACUUGUGCCUACACUCAAUCGGAUGAAAUUACUUUGUGUUUUCCAAAUGUCAAUCAUCCAAUGGUCAGUAAUAAUGAUGAUUCGACAACCUUGAAUUCUCAAACACGACCUAUUGCAUUUGGAGGCAAGGUCACCAAAUUGUCGACACUUCUCGCAAGUUAUUGCUCUGUACGAUUUAAUUUUAAUUGUCAGAAAUUGGCACCAUUAUGGCCAACUAAGGAAGAAUAUAUGGAAAAACAAUGUCCUGCCAAUCAAACUCGAAAAUCCUAUAAUCCUGAACAAGUUCAAAAAAUGUUGACAAGAGGAAAAGCUUAUUUUGAUGCUCGAGUCUUUCAAGUCGAAAGUAGUGAUGAAUUUGUGAACAAUAUUCGAUGGAGAUCGAAUUAUGAUUGCGAGAGAAAUUCACGAACCAAUUUGGGAGCAUGUUUUUUCAGUACCAAAGAAAUGAAUGGACUUCGUGCCAGUCAAGUCGUUGAAAAAUUGAAAACAGAAAAACAAAUUGAUUGGGAGUCUUAUCCUAUGGGUUUCAAGUAUGGUACUUUUAUCAAAAAGACCAAGUAUGAGAAGACAGUACAUGUAGAGAAAACAGGUCAAACCAUGACUUGUAUGAGAACGAAAAUGGAUGCAUAUUCCUUUAAAUUGGACUCUUUUGAUCUCAAAUACACUCCACUCUUUACUUUGAAAACUUGGAAUGAAGUAUUUGAGGCAGGAAUUUUGGAUGAGGCCAAUCUUGAAAAAGAGAAAUUAUUUCGUGACCUGCUUACAGAGCAAGCAUCAGAAAUGCAAUAA